CAGUGUGUGCGGGCGUGAGGGCUGUGGGUCUGGUAGGGAAAAAUCCACCGCUACCCCGCUCCCGAGACGGGGGCGGGGGUAGGGGGCGGGUAAGACAGAGCAGGCCGGCCGGCUUAGAGUCCCGGUACUUCCCUGGUGAAAGGAAGGGCCCCUGCCUCCCGGGGCAGGAACUAGGGCUUGUCUGGAGCUGGGAGUCCUUUCAGGUCUUCCCCAUCCCCAAGAGGACCUCCCAAGGACACCCCCUUACCCAGCCCUGCUGUGGGGCUUGUACGAGAAGGUGCUUAGAAUCAGGAUCACUCUUGCACACUGUUUAACAGGAAGCCCCUCCGCUCUUUCCAGAGCCAGAAAGUAGUAGUUUUGGGGUUGAGACUUAUCCAUACAUCCAUCCAAUCCAUCCAUCCGUACGCUCUAAGAGCCUACUCUAUACCAUGAAGUGUGCUAGGCACUGGGAGGACUUGAGCUGCCUAGGGAAGGGGAAAUCGGAGGCCUGAAUUGGCAGUCACAGUUAAGGCUCCAGGGGCAGAGACCUAACAGCGCCUUGUGUGUAGUGCUAAGGGGGCUCCCUGAGGAUGCCAUCAACCUUAAAGGUGGAUAGCAGGAGCUGGCUGGCUGAAGUACAAUUUGUGUACCUGGGGUUGGGAGGCAAGCGUGGGAGACGUGUGUCUUCAGACAGGGAACAGCAUGUGCAGAGACUUCAGAGGUUCCGGUUCUGUGGUGAUCUGGACUGUCCCGACUGGGUCCUGGCAGAGAUCAGCACGCUGGCCAAGAUGUCCUCUGUGAAGUUGCGGCUGCUCUGCAGCCAGGUACUAAAGGAGCUGCUGGGACAGGGAAUUGAUUAUGAGAAGAUCCUGAAGCUCACGGCUGACGCCAAGUUUGAGUCAGGCGAUGUGAAGGCCACGGUGGCAGUGCUGAGUUUCAUCCUCUCCAGUGCGGCCAAGCACAGUGUCGAUGGCGAAUCCUUGUCCAGUGAACUGCAGCAGCUGGGGCUGCCCAAAGAGCACGCGGCCAGCCUGUGCCGCUGUUACGAGGAGAAGCAAAGCCCCUUGCAGAAGCACUUGCGGGUCUGCAGCCUACGCAUGAAUAGGUUGGCAGGUGUGGGCUGGCGGGUGGACUACACCCUGAGCUCCAGCCUGCUGCAGUCCGUGGAAGAGCCCAUGGUGCACCUGCGGCUGGAGGUGGCAGCUGCCCCAGGGACCCCAGCCCAGCCUGUUGCCAUGUCCCUCUCCGCAGACAAGUUCCAGGUCCUCCUGGCAGAACUGAAGCAGGCUCAGACCCUGAUGAGCUCCCUCGGCUGAGGAGAAAGGUGUUUCAGGCCUGUGUGGAGCUGCCCUGCCCGUAUGGAGUCACGCCCUCUGAACUGCUCUUCGGGAGGCAGCCCUGGUUCUAGGAUGCUGAGGCCCUGGCCUGGACUCUGGCCUCCCAGAUCACCAGCUGCCUCACUUCUCUCUUGAGAACUCAGCUCAGGGCUCCUGAGGACCUUUCCCAGCAUUACCUUCCCUUCCCUUGAAAGGCAAUUUUUGGCUGUUUUCAUGAGCAGGAAAAAUAAACAGAAGUAUAAAGGAA